AAAAAUCCAGAAACGAGCGUUCAGGAUGUCGAGCGAAGGGGAAGGCAACAUGGUGCUCUCUAAAAUUCCGGAGACAGUUGAUCCUAUGAUCGUAAAGACCCAUUUCCCUGCGGUUUGCCAAAUUCUUGGGCCAAAAGCUAAUAGUUUGUUUGGAACAGAGAGCGCAUAUACUGUCACUAUGUUCAGCGGUAACUGACCAUUCCUCCUUCUAUUCAAGCCCCCAUACAGGCUGGAUAUCUAACUGACCAUAGCUCGGAGGAACAUCAACGGUCGAAGACGGCGGCUACUCGCUUGGAGACGAUGCCCUGGCUUGCUUGAAGGACCUGAAGAAAUGGCUGAAGUUGUAUGAUCAAAAGAUGAAUCGGUUCGAUGUAUACUCUACCCUCUCCAAUGCGGAAUAGCAAGGACUGGCUAACGGGACGGUCCAGGUGGCCCGGUGUAUGGCCGAAGCAAACCUAGUGAAAGGAGACCUACUCGAGAUCCUAAGUGCAUGGGAAGAAGACGAAAUUGAGGAUCGAAUCAAGCAGCGAUUGGCACUCGGUUGCAUCGAAUUACUCGUACCGCUGACAUGGCCAUUCGAGAGGUACAAUGAGCAAACCACCGUUAAUCACCACCGACACAUUCCGGUUCUCCAGUUUGCCCAGGCGGGAUACAAAAAGGCUAUCUUACAGCACCCGUCCAAGAGGAUCCUAUCAAAUGUCGUUCGCGUGGCGCUACCUUCGGUCGCGGUGCCACCGAAUGAGCGGACAGAGAGGGACGAAGGAAUAAUAAAGCUCGUUCUUUACUUUUUCCGGAACCUGGUUAUGAUUGAACACCCGAUGAUUACAGAGACGGACACAGGGGAGGAGAUAUCCCGGAGCGCGACUAUCGAAGCGCUGGAGGAGCAGAAUGUGCUGCAUUUUCUAUUGGUAGUGUCCUCGGGGAUGGGAAUUGAAUUCAAUACGCAGGAUGUUGUCGCUAUGGAGGUUAUAUACCACUUGGUCAAGAGUGUGGAUAUCGAAAAAAUGUUCUUGACAGACGAGCAAGAGUCGCAGAAGCAGGGUCAGGAUCUUACAACACUGCUAAAACUCGAGGACGAGAUGAAGAGAGCUAGCAUUCGGGGCGCAAGUACUCGGCAUAAUAGGUUUGGGACUACGGUGUGGAUAGAGAGAGACGACAAGACACGGUCGUUUGUCUCUGGGCAGGGUGCUCUGCUGGGGAAGUCCACUGGCCUGGUUAAGAUGGAUGCGUCAAAGAAGUGGAGGAAGCCAGGCGGUGCAGAUACAAAGGGGGUAUCCCGCAAGGUGCAUUACAUAUUUCCGCUACUCUUGGACUACAAGCCACUAACUCUAGGGCCUGAUACUAUAGACUGAACAUGACAUGUCACUCACCAUUGAGCGGUGCGCCAAAGCGAAACUCCGCGAGUUCGUCGGGGAGUUCUUAGACGCCGGCUUUAAUCCCCUCUUUGGCCACCUCCGUCGUGCCAUUGAUCGGGAUGCCCAACGCCUUCUAGAAUCAAACCAACAACAGUAUUUCUAUCUAAUAGCUUGGUUUCUCAAAGCCGAGCGCAUGCGUCGCAAAACUCUAGCGGCAGGCUCCAAAGACCCCGCGACUUCCGACUUUGAGAGCUUCGGUCUAGUAGCUUCAGUCCUGAACCAAGAAUCCUUAAUCACCUUAAAUCGCCGAAUGACAGACUGGUUCGACACGAGGCAGUGGACACCCCUACAAUCCGCCAUGCGCUGCUUCACCCAGAUCUUAUUGACAGUCCAGGAUAUGGCUGUUUCGCCACUGGAAGAUGACCAAGAGAUCGCGGAGAACAUCCAGAAUAGAUUAUUCUACGAAGAGGUGACCUUGGACCUCGUUGUCAUGAUCCUACGAGCCUAUACCAAGCAGCCGUUUGGCUGGCUGGACGAUUGCACGGAGAUGGUGCAUGUGCACCUCAAGAUGCUCGAGCGAUUCUCGAAGCAGCAUGAACACAUGUUCGUCCGCUCACGGAAACGCGCUAGAGCGCAGCGCAAGAAGAAUGCUACCGUUGAAGACGGAGCGGAAGGUGUGCCGGAGGAAGAGGAAGGCGAAGAGAUUGCCGAACUAAGUAAGGCUACAAUGAGGGAGCGAGCAUUCAACUACUCGCGAUUCGAGCAGAAGUUCCUCACGCAGAGCUGUGUAGAUACGUUCCUGGCGUUUAUUGGGAACUACAAGGAGUUAAACUAUAGUCAGAUGAAGCGCGCUAUAAUUUUCUUCCAUCGAGUGUUUGUCAAGAGGGAGCAGGAGGUUUUAAUGUUCAGGAUCGACAUUGUUGAGCUGUUUAAUCGAAUUCUACAAGGCCCGGAUGGGCUGCCUAAUAGUCAUCCCGCGAGAAAAGAGAUGGAUCAAUUUUUCAAGCAUUAUAUGCGAAAGUUAGUCAAGAUGCUAGAGAAAAGGCCCGAGCUGUAUGUUGAGCUUUUGUUUACAAAGGUCAACAGCACGAUGCAUUACCUGCAGUUUGGCUAUGACAAGCAGGCUCAGGUUUCUAAGCCAAGGUUCGCCAUGUGAGCUCCCUGUUUCUACAAUAUAUGCUAACCUUUCAAUAGAGAAGCCGCGGAACUACGCAUCAAGCCGGGACUAGAAUUCAACGAGCAAGUCAGUGUAGUAGUGGGUGCUCUGUUGGACGAGAACAAAGGCGAUGCAGUUGACUGGCUAAAAACUGUUCUCUCCACCGCCAUCAGCGAGCGCAAAUCCUGGGAAGCAGAAGAAGAAGCAAGGCUCGCACUAGAGGCUGAAGGCGCAGGUCCAGACUCGGAGACCAAUCCCCAACCUUCCCCUGGAAACCCGCCAUUCAUAAACAUAAAACCAGACAACGAACUCCGCCAAACUGCGUUGCUAAAAGACGGAAAGCUCCGCCUCCUCCUAACAACUCUCAAAUUCGAAAAACUCGACGUAACCGACACCCUCGACACUCGCUGGAUUAUCCCCUCGCAGUUAACUUCUAUAGAAUUGCAAGCCUCCCUCGAGCUCCUCAAGCUAAACACUGACAACCCCCCAGCCUUCCCAGAUGGCCAACUCGCCGAAGACUUCAUCUCCCGAAAACCCAAACCCCGCCCCCGAGUUUUCGAUUCCGACUCGGACUCGGGGCCAGAGCCCCUCUUCGAGCCUGGCGGUCCAACACCCAUGCCCGGCGCUGAAAAGCCCAAAAAGAAGCCCAGCAAGAGGCGCCGUAGAAAGGAUCCCACGGAAUCCGUAGAUUCAGCCUCCGACCUUGAUGACGCCGCGACCGAACGUGCCCUUAAGCGGAGACAAAAAGAGAAGGAGAGAAUGGCCAUGAUAAAGAGUAGUCUGUUCGUGCACGAUAGCGACGACGAGAGUGAUGAAGAGAGGGAUAACCUGUUUUACGAAAAGGAGAAGAUACAGAGGGCCAUGGGACCUGUAGGGUUGGAUGAGAGUGCCGGGCCGCAGAUGGACUUUAUGGAAUAUGGGUUUGGGGGGGCUGACGAGGAUCGGGCAGCAAUCACCGGUGCGGGCGGAGAAAAUAGCAGGAAGAGGAAGAGCGCGGCUGGUGGGCAGGCCGAGGCAAAUAAGAGGAGAGCUGUCGAAAGCGGAAGUAGCGAUGAUGACGAGAGCGGCACAGACAGGGAGAUGUCCGGUGACGACGGUGAUGACAAUGACGAACAGCCCUUUGCAAAAUCAGACGUCCACAUCUCACCCACAAGGCCUAGGCGGAGGGGGCCAGUAGUGGUAUCCAGCGAUGAAGAGGAUUGA